UUCCUACUCAAUCAAUGAGCCCUAAUUUGAAGCCUCCGUUUUGAUCGGACCUUCCAAUCUCACACUUUCUUUCUUCGCCCUGUCCUCUCCGUCUCUUUCUUCUCUGCCUCUUGAUUCCUCCGCCUGCACAACACCCGACGUAGAUCGAUAGAGAGAGCUACAAAUAGAAAGGGAGAGGACGAAAUGGGAGAGGAGGUCAAGAACUACGACGCGCUUACCGGAAUGAAAGACGAGAGAGCAGCCGAGAAGAAGGCAGAGGGGGCGGCCCCGUCGAUCCCUUCCUCCUCCAUGGCGAUCGACAUCUCCCUCCCUCUCGACCAGAUGAAGCCCCGCAUCGUAGAUCUAUGCAAGGAUUUGUUUAAGAGGUGGUCAUCUCUUGAUGAAUCUUGUUUCUCAAUUGAGACAGUUUCCGGUGGUAUCACAAAUCUUUUGCUGAAGGUCUCUGUAAGAGACGACCGUGGAAACAGUGAUUCUCUGACUGUUAGAUUGUAUGGCCCAAAUACAGAUUUGGUGAUUGAUCGCAAAAGAGAGUUGCAGGCCCUACCACAUCUAUCGGCUGCAGGAUUUGGUGCAAAGUUGCUAGGGAUAUUUGGGAAUGGCAUGGUCCAAUCUUUCAUUGAUGCUCGUACACUUUCACCAUCAGAUAUGAGCGAUCCUAAAAUAGCUUUCAAGAUAGCUAGGCAACUUCAUCAAUUCCAUAAAGUGGCUAUACCAGGUUCUAAAGAACCACAACUGUGGACUGAUAUAUUCAAGUUUCUCGACGAAGCUGCGGCAUUAAAGAUUGAAGAUAGUGCAAAGCAAGCGACAUAUGAAUCAAUCUCAUUCCAAGAAAUCCAGGCUGAAAUUAAUGAGCUGAAGAUCUGCCAACAGGAUCUGACUGAUCUUCUUAAUGCCCCUGUUGUCUUUGCCCACAAUGAUUUGCUUUCUGGGAAUCUGAUGCUAAAUGACAAAGAAGGGAGACUCUACUUCAUUGAUUUUGAGUAUGGAUCAUACAGCUAUAGAGGCUAUGACAUUGCAAACCACUUUAAUGAAUAUGCAGGCUUUGACUGUGACUACAGCUUAUAUCCAGAUAAAGAUGCACAAUAUCAUUUCUUCAGGAGUUAUUUAGAAUCUGAUAAACCACAUGAGGUGUCCGACAAAGAUCUUGAAGCCCUUUAUGUUGAAACAAAUACGUUCAGGCUAGCAUCACAUAUUUACUGGGCUCUGUGGGCUCUUAUACAGGCAAAGGUAUCACCGAUCAACUUUGAUUAUCUCUCCUACUUCUUGCUUCGGUUCCACGAAUACAAGAAACAAAAGGAAGGAUGCUUCUCUCUGGCACAGAAAUAUCUUUCAAGAUCCAUCAGCUGCAGCAGCAGAAGAAACAGUUGCCCUCCAUCAGAAGACUAGCAUGAUGAAAGCGGAGAGCAUGCGGCCACCCUGCUUCCUUAGAUAUAGAACAAUUCUUUCCCCCUUUGUUUCAGUAGUUAAUUGAGUGUUGUGAUUUCAGGGGGCAUUUCACAGCCGCGGAUUGCUUUCGAUUCUUUUUUGCUAGUAUCCAGAAGCAGAACAUAUUUUCUGGGAGUCGUGGCAUGACAACAGUUGUUAAUUAUAGUGAAGGUUGUGAUGGGAUUGCGUAUAUUUCAAUAAAUGAGCUCUUAAGAGAAAG